AUGGCUCCCAAGCGCAAGCCCCCUGUGCAGGGUGAGGGCCCUGACAAGAAGAAGGGACGGCAGGGGGCCGAGGAGGACAGCUUCCGGGCCGCUGUGGAGGCCCUCAAGGCCGCGCCCACAGAGAAGCGCACAGUUCGAGUGGACGCCACCUGUCCCCUCAGCCACAGCCCCGGGGCCCAGGUGCACGCGGACUACGACUGCACCCUGAACCAGACCAACAUCGGGAACAACAACAACAAGUUCUACAUCAUCCAGCUGCUGGAGGACGGCGGGCGCUUCGCCUGCUGGAACCGCUGGGGCCGCGUGGGCGAGGUGGGCCAGUCCAAGCUCAGCUACUUCCCGUCCCUGGAGGACGCCAAGAAGGACUUCGAGAAGAAGUUUCGGGACAAGACCAAGAACAGCUGGGCGCAGCGGGCGCACUUCGUGGCCCACCCCGGCAAGUACACGCUCAUCGAGGUGCAGGGCGCGGACGAGGCCCAGGAGGCUGUGGUGAAGGUGGACGGAGGCCCCGUGAGGAUCGUGACUCAGCGCGUGCGGCCCUGCUCCCUGGACGCAGCCACGCAGCAGCUCAUCACCAACAUCUUCAGCAAGGACAUGUUCAGUGACGCCAUGGCCCUCAUGAACCUGGACGUGAAGAAGAUGCCGCUGGGGAAGCUGAGCAAGCAGCAGAUCGCGCGGGGCUUCGAGGCCCUGGAGGCCCUGGAGGCGGCCCUGAGAGGCCCCGUGGCCGGGGGCCGCAGCCUGGAGGACCUGUCCUCCCACUUCUACACGGUCAUCCCCCACAACUUCGGCCGCAGCCGGCCCCCGCCCAUCGCCACCCUGGAGCAGCUGCGGGCCAAGAAGGACAUGCUGCUGGUGCUGGCCGACAUCGAGCUGGCCCAGACCCUGCAGGCGGCCCCUGAGGAGGAUGUGGAGGCGGUGCCAGAGGUGCCCCACCCCCUGGACCGAGACUACCAGCUCCUCAGGUGCCAGCUCCAGCUGCUGGACCCAGAGGCGCCCGAGUACAAGGUGAUCCACACCUACUUGAAGCAGACCGGCGGCAGCUACCGGACCCCGGAGCUGCAGCACGUUUGGAAAGUGAACCGAGACGGGGAGGGAGACCGGUUCCAGGCGCACUCCACGCUGGACAACCGCAGGCUGCUGUGGCACGGCACCAACGUGGCCGUGGUGGCCGCCAUCCUCACCAGCGGGCUGCGCAUCAUGCCGCACUCCGGCGGCCGCGUGGGCAAGGGCAUCUACUUCGCCUCGGAGAACAGCAAGUCGGCCGGCUACGUUACUACCAUGUCCUGUGGGGCCCACCGCAUCGCCUACAUGUUCCUGGGUGAAGUGGCCCUGGGCAGGGAGCACCACAUCAUGGCCGACGACCCCAGCCUGAAGCAGCCGCCCCCCGGCUUCGACAGCGUCAUUGCCCGAGGCCGCACGGAGCCCGACCCCGCCCAGGACACGGAGCUGGAGCUGGACGGCCGGCGGGUGGCAGUGCCCCAGGGCCCGCCCACGCCCUGCCCCAAGUUCAGCUGCUCCUCCUUCUCCCAGAGCGAGUACCUCAUCUACCAGGAGAGCCAGUGCCGCCUGCGGUACCUGCUGGAGGUGUGCCUCUGA